AUGGCCUCCACGAGGAGCACGACGGCGGUGCCGGUGAUUGGCCUGGGCACAGCGGUGAUAUUCCUCCAGCAGGACGACACCAAGAACGCGGUGCUUGCGGCCAUCGAGCUGGGCUUCCGCCACUUCGACACCGCCUACUUGUACGGGACAGAGAAGCCCCUCGGCGAGGGCGUCGCGGAGGCGGUGCGGCGCGGGCUCAUCAAGUCCCGGGAGGAGGUGUUCGUCACGUCCAAGCUGUGGUGCACGCAGUGCCACCCGGACCUUUGA